AUGGCGCUGAGCGCUCUGUUGUUCCUGUCCGCUGCUGCAUUUUCUGCGCUGCGCGCAUACGCGGUCUGCAACAGGAACCGCUGGGCGCUCCUCGCGACGCUCGCCCUCGGCCUGGUUUACCCCGCCAUCUCCAUCUACACGUUCACGCAGUCGACGGCGGGCGUGAGCACGGUGCUGUUCACGAGCUGCAGCCUCUCGACGACCAUUUCGGACGCGUACUACGCAAAACGUACGUUGAUGCUUGGGGCGCGGACGUGCACGGUGGUCGCAGACCUGUCGGUGCUCGGCCUCACCCUUCUGAAUACCUGGUCUGCGCGCGGGAAUGGCUCGGCGCUGGGCGUCAAGACGACGUUCUCGCAGACAUUGAUGCGAAGCGGCACAGUAUACUUUCUCGUGAUCUCCGCCGUGAACAUCAUAGGCCUCGGCCUUGGCAAGAAUGAAGAGGUGUUCCCAGUCCGCAUUCAGCUCACCUCCCUAGUGCUCACGCUCUUCUCCUCCCUUCAGCUCAUUGAGCCAAUGUCGACCUGGACCGCAGCCUUCACUGCGAUCAUGACGUAUCGCUUCAUGCUUGACCUGCACGAAGUCGCGCGGUCCUCCGCGGGGAGCGCGAUCACACACGGCGAGCUUCCGGGGAUCUCACAAGCAGGGCAGCAGGACACGCUUGUUUUCAGGAUUAGUGGGGGACGGCCAAGCGUUGUCUCACGCAUGGCAGACGAUGUCAGCGAUAUCUACGGAAGGUCUGCCGCAGCAGACGGGUAA